UUUUAUCUUAGCAAUACCAUACACUCAGUUUCUAUCUAGUUAAUAUAUCAAAUAAAAUGUCAUUUGUCGGUGGAGGUUCUGAAUGUUCAGUCAACGGAAACGCCGUUGCCCAAUUUAACAAACAUACCCAACAAGAUAGGUCUUUGCAACAGCAACACAGCCAAGGCAUACCAAUUCAACAACAACCUGGUUUCAAGCAUGACAAUGUCAUGAAUUUGAGAGAUCGCCAAAAUUUAGAACAAUUUAUGAACAAUAACAAUAGUCAAGCUAACGCAUUUCAAUUUCAAUCCAUGAGACACGAGUUAAAUACCAUGCAACACCACCCUUCUCCACAAACACUGAAUUGGUCAAACGAGUUUAAGUUGUCUCCUUCCCCAGUGACUCAAAAUGCCAAGAUUCAAACCAUGGGUAAGACUUCGUCCCUUAAUGGACAAUGGGCUGGUGAGUUUCAACAACAUCAACCACCACCACAACAGCAGCAGCAACAACAGCCGCAACAGUACAACACUGGUAUGAUGAUGGGUGCUUCUAGACCUAUGAUGAUGGGAAUGGGUCCCAUGAUGACUGGUCCAAUGCACCAACAAAAUCAGCAUCAACACCAACACCAACACCAACAACCAGUAGCUGCUCAAGAACAAAAUGUUGAUUGGGAUAACCAAUUUAAAGAAAUUGAAGAAUUGACUCAACAAGCCAAGGAAGCUGAACAAGUCAAGGAAGAAUCGCCUGAUAUUAUCAUUGACGAUAAGUAUCAAGCUACUUUCCAAGAAGUUUGGGAUGGUUUAAAUGAUACAAGUUUGGAAGAAGAUUUUAUUAAUCAACAAUAUGAAGACUUUAAACAUACUCAAAUGGAUACUUUACCAGCUGAUUUGACCCAAUGGGAGCGUGAUUUUGCCCGGUAUGUUCUGACUAGAGCGCAUUUUGGAGAUUAUCAAUUUGAAGAUACCAAGAAUAACCAAUUUAUGGAUUUACCCAAAGAAGCCGAUCCUUACGAGAUUGGAUUGCAAUUGAUGGAAAAUGGUGCAAAAUUAUCGGAAGCCGCUUUAGCUUUUGAAGCAGCAAUUCAACGAAAUGAAAACCAUGUAGAUGCGUGGUUGAAAUUGGGUGAAGUUCAAACUCAAAAUGAGAAGGAAAUUGCUGGUAUUUCCGCCUUGGAAAAGUGCCUUGAAUUGAAUCCCGAAAAUCUUGAUGCAUUGAUGACUUUGGCUAUUUCUUAUAUUAAUGAAGGUUACGACAACGCUGCAUUUGCCACUUUGGAACGGUGGAUUUCGACAAAGUAUCCCCAAAUUUCUGCUCGUGCAAGAGAAGAAAACCCCAAGAUUUCCGAUGAAGAUAGAUUUUCAUUGAAUAAGAGAGUCACCGAGUUGUUCCUUCAAGCUGCUCAAUUAUCUCCAAACAGUGCUAACAUGGAUGCUGAUGUUCAAAUGGGACUUGGAGUUUUAUUUUACGCCAAUGAAGAUUUUGACAAGACUAUUGAUUGCUUUAAAGCAGCAUUGAGUAUUCGUCCAGACGAUGCAGUAUUGUGGAAUAGAUUGGGUGCAUCACUUGCUAAUUCCAACAGAUCUGAAGAAGCUGUAGAUGCUUAUUUCAAAGCUUUACAAUUGAAGCCUACUUUUGUCAGAGCAAGAUAUAACUUGGGUGUCAGUUGUAUUAACAUUGGGUGUUAUAAAGAGGCUGCUGAGCAUUUAUUGAGUGGAUUGUCCAUGCAUCAAGUUGAAGGAGUAGAUGCUAACGUGUCUACUUUGAAUCAUAACCAAUCCACUAGUUUAACUGAAACUUUGAAACGGGCAUUUAUUGCGAUGGAAAGAAGAGAUUUGUUGGAGUUGGUUAAGCCAGGUAUGGAUUUGGAACAAUUCAGAGGUGAAUUUACGUUUUAGGAGAGGUGUAUAUAAAAUCUUAAAUAUUUAAUAAUAACUGGUUAUUUAAUUGUGUGUACUCUAGAUAGUACUAAUCUAUUAUUGCUUUAUGUACGAAACUUUGUACAUGAAGGUUAUAUCUAUCAAGCCAAUCAGCUAACAAGUUUAGCUAAUCACCUGAC